GUCUUGGCCUGGGCUUUGCAGGCGAGUUAUUCCCUCGUUCUGCUUCCGGGGCACUAGAGGCGGGAGAUGGCGCCGGUUCGAAAGAGCGGCGGCCGCUUGCAUCUGGCCUGCCCCAUCCAGGACAAGCCCCCGCCUUGGGAUGCGGACCCCAGGUUCUGCCGGGAGUUUGGGCCUGAGGACUACGGAGAUGAGGACAUGGUAGCUUUCCUUCAGAGGCUCAUGGUCCAUGACCCCCACGGCCGACACCGCAUCCGAAUGAAUGGAAACAGUGGUCGACUACAGCUCUGGCAUUAUGACCCCAGCCUGGACGAUUUCUAUGAUGAGGAGGAGGAGGAGGAAGAGGGGGAAGGGGAAGGGGAGGGGGCCAGGGGUAGGAGUAAGAGUCAGAGUACUCUCUGUAGUUUCCCAAAGUCCUUUCUAUGCCAGUCCUCCAGAACUUGGUCCAGCCCCAGCCCCCCACCCAGGCCUUGGUCCAGCCGCAGCCCCCUGCGAUCAGCCUUCUCCCGUGGCCGUCCUCCCAGCCCUCUUGGCCCAUUCCUACUCCAACUGGAAAUGCCCCAGAAGCUGCUGGUGACUGAGGAGGAAGCUGACCGCUUGGCAGAGGAGCUCGUGGCUGAGGAGGAACGGGCAAAGCAACGAGCAGAAAAGAAACGGCUAAAGAAGAAGCGACAGAAGGAGCGGAAACGGCAGGAGCGAAUGGAACAGGAGAGUGGGGGGGGCAAGGUGUUGGAAGGGGCUGCAGCAACAGCAGCAGCCGGCCCAGCAGUAGGGGCAAGCAGCCUUACCUCCAGCCCCCAGAGCCCUAGUCAGGAUAGCAGCAAUGAGGAAGAAGAAUUGGAUUUGUCAAGCACCUUUGUGUCACAAGCCCGGCGCAAGGUUGGUGACAGGCCUCCCAAUACCCGGAGAGAGAAAGGGUUGAGCCCUGAGCCCCUCCGCUGGAACCAACAGAACCAGAGCCCACAGGAGGGGAGCAGGAGCCAGAGUCCUCAGCCAGAGGCACUCCCUGGAUUACAGGCAGCUGCCUUGAGGGAGAGCCAAGAGCUAGCAGAGCUGGGCACAGCUGCAGCCUGGAGGGGCUUGUAUCAGGAAGCUGUGCUCCUCUUCACGAAGGCCAUAAAGCUCAACCCUCGGGAUUACAGACUCUUUGGGAAUCGAUCAUUCUGCCAUGAGCGGCUGGGCCAGCCUGGCUGGGCCCUGGGGGAUGCAAGAGUUGCCCUCAACCUGCGGCCACAAUGGCCCCGGGGCCUGUUCCAGUUGGGCAAGGCUCUGGUGGGCCUUCAGAGGUUCAAGGAAGCAGCUGAUGUAUUCCGGGAGACUUUGGCCAUGGAUAAGUCCCAACCAGAUGCUGUGCAGGAGCUCCAGCAGUGCCUCCUCCAGCUCACUCUGCAGGAGCAUCAAGGGGGAAUCCAUGGUACAGCUUUGAAAGCCAGGACCCCACAGCAGCUUCCCCACUCAAAGGCUGGGGCCCAAGGAUUGCUCCCCCUGAAUUGUUCUGCUGCAGUAUCCCCUCGGAUCCAGGGCCUGCUACCUCCCCCACGACUCCCUUCUGCUCUCUGGCCCAUCACCCAGGCUCAGAGUGGAGGCUUCUGGUCCACCCAGCUUCAGGACUUCAGCAAGGCAAGGGGUAUCCUAGGCCCUCCACCAUGCCUGCCUCUGUCCAGAUUUGGGCCCCGACCAUUGAUCCUGCCAGUCCCAGUUCCAGGUCCAUUACCUUCAGUUCAGCACCUUCAAUUGCCAAAAACCUGGAACCUCUAGCAAAGCCUCGAGGCCAGUGCAGCACAUGUGACCUUCCUGUGGGCUCCAUUUAGGUCCCUGAAGAUGACUGCCCUUUCUAGGGACCUGUGUGUCCUGAGACCUCGGGUCAGGGCUCGCCUCCAGCCUGAUGCCAGGUUUGGCUUCUGGGGGAUGAGGCAAGGCUUUUGUGUGCUGGACCCCUUUGCAUUCCAAGUCCAGGAACUGAACUCAAUAAAAAUGUUCUUCAACCUCAAA